AUGGACGGUCUUGCGGCGUCGUGUGCUCGAGUUGCGCAUCUAGGGUUCCAGCUUGCCAAUAAGGCCAAUUCCUAUUCGGACGCCAUCCCCGACGCGGACAGUCGAAUCAAGGACCUCGCAAAAGACGUUGAGUUGACUUCAGAAGUGUUCCAAGGCGCGAGCACAGUCCUGGAUGAUGCAGAAAUCAAAUCUGUACUGAACAAGAAUGCCGAAACCACAGUGCGGACGGUCCUCGAGGCCUGCCGUGGCAUAUUCGGAGACCUUGACGCAAUCUUGGAACACGGACGAAGAAACGAGCAGACCUGGCCCUUCGAGCUACACAAGUUCGAGAUGUUCAAUGCCGACCUCGACAUGAAGAACGAUACAAUGCGCCUCCUUUUGUUGACGCUUCAGCUUGCUUGUCACGGCAUGCCUGCCGAUUGUGCCGACCCGAGCGAUGAUGAUCAACUGCAAAAAAUGGCGAACUUGAUCUCCGCCAUUGAAGCAUCCGCAAAGAGGUUCGAGUCAAUUCGUACCAAUCUGAUCUCAGCAGAUGAGGUUUCGUUAACUGCAUCAUCUGAAGGGGCCAUGUGCAUGCCCGAUCCUAUGGGUAGUACUGAGUUCACAUAUAUUGACGACAGUCCGCCGUCGCCCGCCCAGCCAGCAGCGCAGUGCUCUGCCUUCUCUGACUCAGACAAUGCGACCCCGGAGGACGUACACGUUGAAGCACUGAGCACCGAAGAUCCCAUUCAUGAGACAUCGGGUCUGACACAUGACCUCAAGGUUUGCAUCGAGCACGUGCAGGGAGUAUUGCACCACAUUGAAGAGGCGAAAGCUUCCGGUAGAGACACCGCAGCCUUGGAUCCAACUGAAGCUUGGGAUCUUCUGCAUGCAUUUAGCCGCACUUCGGUGAUGCUCGAAGAAUUCAUUGCCGGCAAAAGGCAGUCAGCUCGACAAAGUCAGUCAUCCGGACGACUUCGCCAAGGUUCACUUAUUGCAAGUACAGGGUUUGGUAGCUAUUGCCCCCCGUGUCAUAGAGGUAUGAGGAAGCGGUGGGCGAAGAUUGAGCGGAAAUGCACCGAGGAGGUCAAGGAGUUGAGCUCACGGAUCGAUCUUUCCGUGAGCUGGGUCCGCGUACGUCUUCAGCAACGCAUCCGUACUCGUCUGUGCUUUCAAAAGCUCGAAAAGCUUCCUGUCAAGUUUGUGGAUGUCCUUGGCCGAAGAUUCAACUUCCCGUGGAAGUCCUGCUGCUCGUGGAAGGGCAUGGAGGAUCUCGUCAAACAAGCUUUCGCCUUUGAUGUUUCCGCCUGUCAGUACGUGUACAGGGGCCAAUAUGACCUUAUCGGGCCCGAUGGAGCGAUCAUCCUACCCAUCCUUUGGGCAACUACUGUACAGCCCGGUUGGACGGUCACCAUGCAGAUCUCACGCUUGGGACUUCACACUUUCGACACAUCACCAUCCCCUCGUCAACGGGUACCACCAUUUCGCGAUCCCUGGACCGGCGCCGACAUCGGACGAGGCCGUUCUUUGACUCGUCGACCAGAAACUUCUCCAGUCGUUAUUGACGUAGUGGAAGGUCCAAUGGGCGUUGAGAUUGUCCAGCCGGGCGAGACUAAUCCUCGCCCUUCACUGUCUAUGAGGCACAAAUCGGAGCCGAUCCUCCAGUCUCGUCGGACUGCCAUAAGUGUUCCCUGCCAACCCGGGACCACCGAAGGAUUCUCGGAGAUGCCCGCUCUACCGAUUUUGAUUGACGUAUCCCCGAGGCCACGCACAAGGGGCAAAGACACGGGUAGGACUCUGAACAGAGCUCGGAGCAGCAUGUCUCCGAUACCUCCUCCACCUCCGCCGCCGCCGCCGCCUCCAGCCGCCAUCGACGUUGGCAAUAAUAUGGCGGAAGUGCGAGUUCUUUCGCCAGACAGCUUGUAUUCCGAUAUGCAGACCGAAAGCUGUAGUAAUUCCGACACUGGCGAGUCUCCCUUGGGCCCUCUUCAAGCCUGCAAAGUUCCCAGCACGGCUGAUGAAGCGUUCAAGAGAUGGACGAAUAUCUUCGAAUAA